AUGGCCACAGUAUGUUGCCGCGCACUCUACGUCGUCAAAUGGUACGAGGUGUCCCGCGUGCUGAGUGUUUCCUCCACCCUGGUCACAACAAAAAAGUACCGGAAUGAGACGUGGUGCAAAAGAUGGUGGCACAACUCUCAGAGGAACCUCUCAUCGACGACGAGCUGCUUCGCUCCGAGUUUAGGCCCGAUUCUAGCCAAGGGAAUGGAGGAUUACAAGACUACGAAGGACAAGAAGUCCUGGAAACCGUUGAAGAAUGAAAAAGAGGUGAAGAUUUUGGGUCCUGAGAACGCUGCAGAUGCCGCCGCAGAUGUGACUGUGACGUAUCACCGAGGAUUGCCAAGGAUCAUGGUACCUUUGCCAUCGAGGAGCGAGCACUGCGUGUUUACCCUGAAACCAAUCACCGACACAGUAGGAGAUUUCGUUCGGUUGCUGAAGAAGGAAGAUCGUGGCAUCGAUCGAGCAACCGUGACGACGCUUGAUGGUAUCAGGAUAGGUUCCAACAACACGAUCGAAUCUUUAAUGGAGGAUGACUUUCGAUUGGUGAUAAACGACAACGAGUACGUGGUGACGCCGCCGUUACAUCACAAACACACCACGGAGAACAUAGAGAAGCUAUCGGACAUCCAGACACUGGUCAGCCAAUUGUACGAAGCGUUUCACGUCCGAGAAUACUACGCCGACAUGGAGAAGCAAGUGUUGGCCGAGCUGGAAACCGUCAGAUUGGAACUGGAACCCUUCGAGCAGAAGCUGCAAGAAUUAGAGACCACCGCUACCAGAAAGGCAAACAUAAUUGUCUGGGUGAUUCUUGUGCUGAUGUCAAUUCAAUUCAGUGGCCUAGCCAGACUAACCUGGUGGGAAUACUCGUGGGAUAUAAUGGAACCGGUUACAUAUUUCGUUACUUACGGCACCACCAUGGCUUGGUUCAUCUACUUCGCCGUAACGAAACAGGAAUAUAUGCUGCCCGACGUGCUGAGCAGGCGACAACUCAUCGCGCUCCACAAGAGAGCAAAAAAAGCUGGACUGGAUCUGAACCAGUACAAUCUGUUGAAGGAUCGAGCUUACGAGCUGGAAACCACUUUAAAGAUUAUUCGAGGACCACUAUACGAACAUAGGACCCGUGUCGAGGAGAAGAAGAGGCAAAGGUCGAGCUCGAGUAGUUCAUCAAGAUCACCGAGUUCCUCGCCUAGUCCUAGUCCUAGUCCUAGCCCGGAAAGGAGUCUUCCUAAGAAGGGGAUAUUUCCAGAGAAAGACAAAUCGAAGAAAUCGAUUCACGAAGAAAUUCCUGGAGAGAAGAGGGUCUAUUGAUCGCGGAAAUUUUAAGAGAGAGGAAUCUCGUUGCAGGGAAAUUGGAAAGAAAUUUUUCGAUUGAAGAAACCACAAAAACAAAAACAUGCACUCCGGGUGAUCGACAGAAUGACACAUGUAGAGUAAGAGAGAAAGUAACGUAACCAGAGAAAAGAAAAGAAGGGAAACGAUUGAGUUUCUUGUCGCGUGAUUAAAGCUGCAGACAUUCUAAUCCUCGACAGAGUCUUCCGAGUCGUACGACGACACUCCUAAUCAACGAGUAUGUGUAUAGUAUAUUUGCC